AUGGCUGCUUCAGACGCCCCUGAUCAACCGUCGAUGCUCUGGCGAACGGGAUCUUCGUUCAUCACAGGUGCUACGGGUUUCCUCUGCCGUACCUUCCUUGUGGGCCUUAACAGGCUCGAAGUCAAGGGCUAUGACAAGUUUAUGCGCCUUCUCGAUGAGCGCGCAGACGUGAAUGGCAGGACCAAGGGCCUCAUAACCGGUAUGAUCCAUUCCACUUGCUUUGCGAGGAGCUCAAGACUGACUGCUUCCANNGUUUCAAACCAUACUAGCGUCUCACAGUNNAUGGAUGAUCCCAUCAUGUGGGGCGUUCUGCCAUACAGCUAUCAUUGGAACCCGAAUAAUGUUCGUUGGAGUCUUGCCAGCCACGACCUGGCUUUCCAGAACAAUCUCGGCAACACUCUUCCAUGCCACCGACUGGCGCAUUCUCCCUACGGCGGUCUGUUCCAGCCUACCAUGACCCAAGCCAUUCGUCUCCUCUCCAAGGGCCCAUUUGACGCUCCCACCGCUACCGCUGCAUCGCGCUCAUUGAGGAGUCCCGAUAUCACCGAUCCCUUCUCAGGCGCACACUUGACGUACAGCACUGACGGUCACGACACUUUCCCUGCUCCUUCGGCUUAUGCUUCGAGAAGACACGCCUGGGUACACAUUUUCCCUGAAGGCAGGGUUCACCAGAAAGAGGACAAGACCAUGCGCUAUUUCAAGUGGGGCGUCUCACGUUUGAUCCUGGAAGCAGAGCCCGCACCAGAUCUCGUGCCCAUAUUCAUUGAAGGAUUUGAUUCAGUCAUGCACGAGAGUCGUGGAUUCCCACGACCCAUUCCACGAGGAAACAAAGACGUUUGCGUUACAUUUGGCGACAAGAUCGACACAGGAGAUGCAUUCCGCGACUUGAGAGACAAAUGGGCAGCCUUGAAGAAACAGGCAGUACAGCGAGGUGCAGAGAGCGAUGAGCUUGGUGUUGUUAGCGAUGAACAGUUGAUGCAUGGAGCAGAAGCUGUCCGCUUGCGAAAAGAGUGUACAAUGCGCGUCAGAGAAGCAGUGCUAGCUGUGCGCAGAAGUAGAGGCUGGCCUGAUGAAGACCCCAAAUGUGGUUUGAUCGAGACAUGGGCCAUGGAAGGCACUGGAGAAGGCAAGAUGGCCGACGGAUCUUACACAAGGGAUACAUAA